UUUGGGGAUGUAGGUGUGCAGAGAGGGAUGAGAGAGAGAGGAGAGAGAGGUCCCACAAUUUUAUAUAAAAAAAUAUUUUAAUUUUUAAUUUUUAAUAUUUAAUUAUUUUUUAAUCCAAUUGAAUUAGUGAGUGGACCCCGUCUCUAGCCACUUCAGUACUUAACAAAGAAAUUAACAGAAAAACUAACGGAGGUUUGAUAUUGGCACAAAUUCGUAAAAUGAGGUAUAAUAUUGUCAUUUUUAAAAAUAAGGUAUGAAAGUGUCGUUUAACUCAACUAACCAUAGUUGAGGUAGUUUUUUGUAUCUGAUAAUCAGAUUUAAUCCAAUAAAAAUGUACUCACCACCUUGCCGUCGGGAUAGUGUAAUCCGGUCCAAACUGAUCGGUCUAGAGGCCCACUGACGGGCAUCCCGACCAUUACAAGCCAAAACUACGGCGUUUCGACCUGGAAUGCUCCAAUUCGGUACUGCAAACUUGCGAAGUACAAACCAAACCAAACCAAACGCAAAGGGGGGUACCAGGUGGUAGAAGAAGAAGACAUGCGCGAUCCGUACCGUAUAUACUUCACCCCGCCCCAAUUAGACAGUGUUGCAAGGCCAAGCUUUCCUGGCUACUUGUCGUCGGAAACACCCUCAUUGCUAUUCAACCCAACGAUUCCUUCUACCGAUACGCAGCGGAGUUAUGCUUCCGAUUUUCUGCACAGAGAUGAAUUGUGGUACUUGAUCUGCUUGCAGAUAAGAUCAAUGACCACUGGAGCAUAUGCUGUAGAUGAUGCUAUGGGUCUUCGGUCUUGUCCUGAACCGGUUCUUGGUGCAACAGCAAGAGCUAGCACAAAGGGUUAUUCAUUGCUUUUAGAAGUUCUGAGUUUGAUAAGCAAGAGACUGGAAGUUGCUGCAGUAAGCAUUAGUCCAAAUCUUCCUGCAGACAUAAGUUUAGAAAAGCCAGCUGGCUCUUCGAGAAAUGCUGAUGUUCUUCCUGUGAAAGGGGAAUCAAAUGUUUUGUUUGUCGAUGGACUUCCCACUGACUCUACCCGAAGAGAAGUAGGCCAUAUAUUCCGUCCAUUUAUUGGCUUUAAAGAAAUCAAAGUCAUUCACAAGGAGCCUAGACGUGUAAGCCUUCUUAUCUUUCUACUUCUGUUGAGUAACCUUCAUAGACCUCAUUGCUGACAGGAUAUGUGUGAUCUAGCAGCUACUUUUUUCAUUGAGGGGCACACAGUUAUUUGUUGUUAUUUCUAUCAACGUCCUCGUACUUUACUUUUGUUUGAGCUUCUCUCUGUGUUUGCUAGACCUUUACAUGAGCUGCAGAGUGGAGAUAAGGCUAUGGUUCUGUGCUUUGUAGAGUUCGCUGAUGCGAAGUGUGCUCUGACUGCUAUGGAAGCUCUUCAAGGUUACAAGUUUGAUAACAAGAAACCAGAGUCCCCUGCCUUGAAGAUCCAUUUUGCACAUUUUCCAUUCAGUCUUCCAGGUGACGGCAAUGAACAUAGAAAUGGAAUCCCGCAGGUGACGAAAAAUGGCUGAGAUGAAGUCUGCGGCUUGCUGGAGCCUGUUUCGUGAUGUUUUCGGAGAAAACAACCUACAAAGUUGGUGCGAAGCGGGGGAGAAUCUUGCAUACAGCCAGGGAUGCGACGAUGCAUUAUAGGAAUUCUCCCUGGAACGAGACAUGAGAUAAACCGCGGUGUGGGGCUAUUGAACUAGGGCAGUUCUCAAGGCUGGGAAUCAGUGAGGUCGGAAAGUACUAAAAUAUAGAUGUUCUCACACUUUUGUGACAGGUCUCGAACGAAUAGAGUGGUCAGACAACCUUACUAAAGUUUUUUCUUGUGAGACAGGUCAUCCAGUGAAAAGAGUUCACAUUACGGCCGUUUUCGGCCACCAAAUACGAAAAGAGAGUAUACUGAACUCAUGAUGCAAGAUACAAGGAUGGAAAAUCACGCAAAAUAAAUAAUUUAUGUUCUCCUAUUUGGGAGUGUAAUCUCAUGCUACAAUUCUGUGUUCUUGAUGUAUAUAACUUAGCCUAUAAAAAGACUACUACAAAAUACAAUUCAUCCAUUUGUGUAGAGGGGCAAAGUAUGCCUUUUACAGAGAGCCCUUACACACAAAUUACA